AUGAGUGUGAUUUCAGGAUCGCCUUACACAUGGUCUUCUCGUGGCCCUACCAUUGACGGGGGAGUGGGGGUUCACGUAUGUGCCCCUGGAGGUGCAAUAACAUCUGUUCCAAAUUUUACGCUUCGCUAUUCACAGCUUAUGAAUGGUACUUCUAUGGCGUCUCCACAUGCUGCUGGGACAAUAGCCGUCCUUUUGUCGGGAUUAGUUCAACAAAACUUGUCAUAUUCGCCUUAUGUAGUUCGUAGGGCCUUGGAAAAUACAGCAUCUUUCAUUGAGGGAGUCGAGGUCCCAGCGCAAGGCAGUGGUUUGAUACAGGUUGAAAAGGCGUUCGAUUAUCUGGUCAACUUCAAUGCAGAGUGCGAUAGAAAUGUGAGAUUUCAAAUACAGUGCGGAUCACUAAACUCCAAAGGGAUAUACAUUCGUUCGAAACCACAUACCUCGUCUCAUACUUUCAAAGUUUCUGUUGAACCCCACUUUCUUGAUUGCGACAAUAUUCCGGCGGAAACUAAGAUCUACUACAAUCAGAAAUUUGUAUUAACUUGUGAUGCGACUUUCAUCAGUUUUCCAGUGCACUUGGAUUUGUCUAAUGCUACCAGAAUGUUUGCUAUAAAAAUCGAUACAUCAUCCUUAUGCGAAGGUUUAUAUUGCACAUUUAUUAAAGCAUAUGACGUGAGUUGCAUUGAGAAGGGGCCAGUAUUCAAGAUACCAAUAACCAUUUUACAACCUAAAGGAAUAACGGAACCAAAGUAUAGUCUCACCUACAAUAAAGUCAACUUCAAGCCCAAUACAAUCAAAAGAUAUUACUAUACUGUACCGAAUAUGGCAACUUGGGCUGUCUUGAAGUUAUCUUCGGAUGAAGAUAGUGGUAGAUAUGUCAUUCAUGCACUUCAGGUCAUGCCACGCCAGCAUUGCAAAGCCCUAGAAACGAACAGAACUGUAGCGGUGACUUCUAAAUCAGACUCUUACAUAUGUUUCCCCGUUAAGGGAGACCUGAUUCUAGAGUUGGUUAUUGCUAAGUACUGGGCUAAUUUUGGUGUAUCCAAUCUGGAUUACAGUCUUUCAUUCUAUGGAGUUAAACCCAACUAUCCGUCAAUAACAAUGCACGCUGCUGAUGGAAUACAAACAGUUGAAAUCAAAACUCUACAAGGCGAAGAAAUAUAUCCUUCUAUCACUCUGAAAAACUCCGUCCAAGUAUUGAAGCCUUCAGAGGGAAAAAUAGUACCUCUGACUGCUCGAGACAUCAUUCCCCCAAGCAGACAAAUUUAUGAGUUGGUUUUGACGUACAAUUUCAACUUAUUGAAGCCAUGUGAGGUGUCUCCGAACCUAGCACUUUUGAGCGAUAUGCUGUACGAGUCUGAGUAUGAGUCACAGUUUUGGUUUUUAUAUGAUUCUAAUAAACAGUUAAUGGGCUGUGGUGAUGCCUAUCCUUCAAAGUAUUGCAUCAAGCUGGAGAAAGGAGAUUAUUCCAUAAAGCUACAAGUGCGUCAUGAUAGAAAAGAAAACCUGGAGAAAAUAAAUGAGGCCCCUUUGCUGCUCUCUCAGAAGCUGAACAAUAGCAUAACUAUGGAUGUCUAUCUCUCAUAUUCACAAGCACUCAUUGGAGGUAAAAAAGUUGGAAUCACUAAUAAUUCUAACCCCUCGGUGGCAAUCCCUUUGUACAUCGCUCCAUUGGCUUCUGACAAAUUCCCAGUUAAGUCGAAUAAUCAUGCCCACUAUUUAACAGGGACAGUUACAUUUGCAAAGGAUGAACAUGGAAAAAAAGUUGAUGUGUAUCCAAUAAAAUAUAUUUUAUCUGAUGGUGGGAAGAAGUCGACUUCGAGCAAUGGAGGAAAUGGCGAAAAGACCAAGUUAGAAGAAUUAAAUGAAGCCAUUAGGGACCUCAAAACUCAGUGGUUGUCAAAAUUAGGCAAGUAACGUUUUAUACCUAGUUAUUGAACAAAGAUAAUUGCAGUUAUGGUUCGGAUACUAAGAAACUUUCAGUAAAAUAAGCGCUACAUAUUUCA